UCUUUGGCUGCUACCUCAAAUCAGGCCCCUCUAAGGUCAAGCAAACCCAGAAGUCCCCAGCCUUUUAAGGCGCAAGAACUACCCGGUCAGGAGGGUGUAGCUUCAGCUCUGGCAGCCUGCAAGAUCCUUAAAGAGAUGUGCCGCCUGGAGACGGAGACCGAAGUAGCACGUAUAAUGAAAGAGGCCAAGUAUGAGCAGCUCGCUGUUGAACUGUUUAGUGAAUGCUACCACAACAGUGAGGAGAGAGCAUUUGCUCUGUUGGUGAGGAAAAAUCAGUACUGGAGCAAAACCACCUGCCUUCAGCUGGCUACAGAAGCAGAUGCAAAGUCUUUUUUUGCACAUGAUGGUGUCCAGGCCUUCCUGACAAAAAUAUGGUGGGGAGACAUGUCUACAAGCACACAGAUCCUAAAGUUAAUCUGUGGAUUCUGGUGUCCUUUCCUAAUCUACACAAAUUUAAUCGCAUUCAGUGAAGAAAAACAAUCAAAGAAUGAGCCAGAGCCAUUUAGAGAGCUGGACAGUUUAGAUACAGAGAAGACUCUGUUUUUUCCCAAGGAAGAAGAUAGAGGACAUGGUAAAACGGAAAAGCAGAACCCUCCUGAAAGCACAGCAUGGGCAACAUUCAUGUUUACUCGGUGGAGAAAAUUCUGGAGUGCCCCUGUAACUGUAUUUAUGGGGAACGUUAUAAUGUACUUUGCUUUUCUGUUUCUAUUUACUUAUGUCCUUUUACUGGACUUUAAACCACCUCCACCUGAGGGUCCAUCUGCUAAAGAAAUUAUACUUUACUUCUGGGUUUUUACACUGGUCUUGGAAGAAAUCCGGCAGAGUUUCUAUACAGAUGAAGACACAAAUUUAAUGAAAAAAUUUAAACUGUAUGUCGAGGAUAACUGGAAUAAAUGUGAUAUGGUGACCAUCUUCCUCUUCAUAAUUGGAGUAAUCUGCAGGAUGCUGAACUCAACUUUUCAAGCUGGCCGUACAAUACUUGCCAUUGAUUUUAUGGUGUUUACACUUAGACUUAUACAUAUUUUUGCAAUUCACAAACAACUUGGACCAAAGAUAAUAAUUGUGGAAAGAAUGAUGAAGGAUGUUUUCUUCUUUCUGUUUUUCUUGAGUGUGUGGCUCAUUGCCUACGGUGUAACAACUCAAGCACUACUUCAUCCCGAUGACAGCCGAGUGGAAUGGAUAUUCAGAAGGGUGCUUUAUCGUCCCUACCUUCAGAUAUUUGGCCAGAUUCCACUGGAUGAAAUAGACACAUCACGAAUGUAUCCCAGGAACUGCACAUUUAAUCCACUGCAGAUUCUGCAGGAGAACUUGCCAUCAUGUCCUAACAGCUAUGCCAACUGGCUUGUCAUACUUCUGUUGGUCAUCUUCCUCCUAGUCACAAAUGUUCUCCUUAUGAAUCUCCUGAUUGCUAUGUUCAGUUACACUUUUCAAGUUGUUCAGGGCAAUGCAGACAUUUUCUGGAAAAUUCAGCGCUACAACCUGAUUGUUGAAUAUCAUGGCCGGCCUGCCCUAGCACCACCAUUUAUCAUUAUUAACCACAUAACCUUGGUUGUCAGAAGAAUCUUCAACAAAAUGGAACAUAAAAAAGAACAUCUGGAAAGAGAUCUUCCAGUUGGCCUAGAUCAAAAAAUCAUAACAUGGGAGCUGGUGCAAAAAGAAAAUUAUCUUGUAAACCUUGAACAAGAAAGGAAAAAAAGCAAUGAAGAAAGGCUGAAGGCCACAUAUAAUAAGGUGGAUAAUUUGUCUAAGUAUUUUAGUGGAUUGAAAGAACAAGAAAAGUGGUUUAAAGUUAUGGAAGCCCAGAUUUGCUAUUGUACAGCUGUUAUCUCCUCAAUGGCAGAAGUUUUAAACAAAAUCAACCUUUUGUGCAACCAAACAGAUCCAAAUUAUACACGUGUGAUGAAUGCGAACACAGAAGUGCCUUUCCCAGAAAGAAGUGAAAGAGAAGAGCAUGCAGAUCAGUCCAAGAGUGACAUCACAUAUAUUGAUAAUUAA